AUGUUAGUAAGACAUAUAGGAGAUGUGGUCUGCGAGGCAUUAGAUGAGUUGGACUCGUUUGUAGUUAAUGGCCAUACGCUAAAGGAUGAAGGUGUGGUUGGGGAAAUCGGUCAUCUCUUUGAUAAAUCUCCAAAGCCCAAGGGUUUUACAGAAGAAUUUAUGUCUCUCGAGGAAGAGAUUUUGGGGAUAUAUCAGAGCAAACUGUAUGGCAUCGGAGUACAAAAAUCUGAAUUAUCUUCAACUGGAAGUUUUGCAGAAGAGAGCAGUCCAACUGUAGAGGAAGAAACUGUG